AAAAUUAGGACAAGUGUUAAAACGGCUACAUAUAUAUGUAGCCGUAUGAACAAGUCCCUGGGGACAAGAAUGUUAGCUUUAAUUAGCCUUUUGAAAGGUAAAAAAAAUUGACCGCCAAUUGACUCUAUUCAUGACGAGGCAUCCAUAUAAAGUUUGUUAACUUCAGGAAGUCUACAACCCGACGUGAUGGGACUUUGUUAUCAGUCAGAAAGCGAAUGGUGGCGGAUGAAAACAGGCGUGGUACGUCUCACCUGGCCAAGGUAACGUAUGUGCGAAGAUCGGGCGGCAGAUGUUUACUCCUCUAUAGUGCGGUGGAGCGUAACCAUGAUGGUGAAGUUGCACAAGCGUGACAAUCCAUCCGCACAUAACGUCUGUGAGAGUAAUUAGCUUCGUUGCAUCCAUGGUAUGCUGACUAAUGGAGUCACGUGAUCUCGACACUAUAACCGACGUACUGUAAGAAACCGUUUAAAAGGGAGGUUGACAUGAAGGCGUAACUGGACAAAUGCUAUAGGUCUGUUAGAGCGUGCGUAAAGUGUUUCCGGAUAUAGGGACUACACAUAGCACAUGUCAGCUGACACAACUUAUCAAGUGUCGUCUAUGCCGGUAGGCCAGGGUUCAGUGAGUAUACCUGUCAAUUAUCCUACCAGCGUAACUACUUACAUGUAGACUGUGGUGACGUUAGUGAAUACCAGCGUUACCAGUCUGACUCUCGGUGUGCAGUUGGAGGAAGCAGUUGUGGGACACCUCUGAUGAUCGAUAGGGUGUCUGUAUGAGCUCUCCAGACACCUCCCUGUUGAAGAGUCACAAGGCGCCCCCAGAGGGACGCUCAGGGUCCAGUCAUCUUCUCCGGACACUCAGAAUGCUGACCAGCCUGGACGAUAUCCGCUCCCUCCGCUUCUGGAAAGCGGUCAUGGCCGAAAUGGUCGGGGUGAUUUUUCUUGUAUUCGUCGGGUGCGGUUCCUGCACAGGUUGGGCGGCUGCCGAAGCACCUCUUAACGGUUCAUACAGAUCGGACGUCAGUGAGGAGCUGAAGAAUCCGUCAGUGGUGCAGAUCGCCUUGUCUUUCGGCCUGAUCGUUGCCACCAUGGUCUGGUGCAUUGGUCACGUCAGCGGCGGUCACAUCAACCCCGCCGUCACGGCCGCCAUGUGCGUCACUCGCAAAAUUAGUUUGGCGCGAGGAUUCUUUUACGUGAUCGCCCAAUGUGCCGGAGCGAUUCUUGGGGCGGGGGUUCUCAAAGCGGUAACACCUACCCCAUACUCCGGCUCCCUCGGGUCCACAAUUGUUAGCCCUCUCAUCACCCCCGCACAAGGUGUCGGCAUAGAAUUCCUCAUCACGUUUGUACUGGUGCUAACGGUGUUUGCGUCUUGCGAUAGUCGGCGAACCGACUUGGCGGGUUCUGCCCCUCUAACCAUCGGUCUGUCUGUCACAGCCUGUCAUCUCGCUGCCAUCCGUUAUACAGGAUCCAGUAUGAACCCAGCUAGGAGCUUCGGGCCGCCCACCAUAAUGGGAACGUGGGACCAUCAUUGGGUGUAUUGGUUGGGUCCCCUGGCAGGUGGUGUAGUAGCUGGGCUAAUCUAUGAUAACGUCUUCGCUGCCAACUCUUCGUGGAAGAAAGCCAGAGCCUGUAUGUUAUCCAGCGAUUAUGACGACCGGAAAUAUGAAGCGGCUAAAACGAAAAUUCGAAUCAUCGACGACGACAGCUCGGACCUGAUCUCGGAGAAAAAAAGACUCAGCGACGAUUCUCCAGAAUCGAAUGUCUAAAGUCACUAGUCACGUGUCUUCAUUUGACUGCAUGCAUGCAGCAUUUCAUAACCAUCGCAUCGCAUAUAGGUUAAAACGAACUAAUCUGCACGAUUGUGGCAGCUGGGAACCUGUACAUGCAUGCUUAUCUAUACCUUUGAAAGCCAAGACUGCGGUGACUGCUUGGUGAAAUUCCCUUGCACAGACAUUACCAGUGGGCUAAAUUUGAAGCGCAGUUGACCAUUUAUAAAAUGGCAGUCAUGCGACUGUUCUCAGAUCAACAGAGAAUAUAAAAGUAUACAGCACUCGACCUACGUAUGCCGCAAAGCGAUUUCCGAUCAAAGUAUAUAUGAAAAUAUGUUUAGAUUUAUCUAACUUUUUUUUUUCCCUCGAAGUUAAAAUUGUGAACACCUCCUUGAUGGUGUUUGGUGAAGGCAAAAUAUAUCACAAUUUUAACUUCUGUAACAGUUAACCACAAACAUUGUUUUAAAGAUAUGAAUGACUUUAGUACGACAAAGUCACUGUGAGAAGUUGGAACUGAGCUGUUAAAAGCUAUAUGGGCGCCAGUUCGCGGAAAACUGUCUCAGUCAUAACAAUAUGCAAUAUAAUGGCUUCCACUGAUACACCCUACAAAUUCCACUAUAUAUAUAGGCUAAGCCUUUCAUGUUUAACAUUAUAGCCACCAUUAUAAUUAAAUUUAGAAAAUAAAUGGAUUUCACCAGAGUAGCACAGGGUAUAUUAUUACACGGAUAAAAUAUAUGCGAUCAACUAAAACCAUGCAUAGAUUUUGAGAAAGAAAAAAAAAAGCUUUAAGAUUGGAGCGCCAGAAACUAAAGUAUAUGAGCAUGUAAGUUCAGCAUUAGUAUAGGCCUAUGUUUAUCUACUGUGCUCUGCAAUAUUUAACAACGUAUAAUGUAAUAAACUUCCCAGCGUUUAAGGAUUGACCCUUUGGUCUUCAGAUCCAGAACUCGACCUAGUGCCAACUCGAUGCCACAUAUUUUAGAGCUGAAGGAAAGAGGUAUUGAAGACAGGGCCAUAAAACGGCCAUAAUGAGGGCGAUUAAACACCCUUAAGACGAGUGACAAACGGGUGGAAAAAGCCACACUGCAUACACAAGAUAUACAGAUCCUAAAUAUAUGUCUUUCUUAAGUUGGUAGUGGACCAAAUGACCAAACCGUCACUUCUUCGGACAAGGACAUUCACGCUUUUGACCCCUAUCCAUGUACACGUCCAUCUUGAUAAGGAUCUUGACAUUUUCUCCAAAAGCAUGAGUAUGUGAUGCGUGCAGUGUAUGACAGAUUAGAGUUUCAGUCUGUCUUAUGUAUAUAUAUAUAUAUAUAUCCGGCAUACCUAUCUUCAGUAAGGCCUACUGUAGAUAUACAAUGGUCUCGCUAGAGAUAGAGCAUGGGAAUUGGGGAGUUCAGCUUAUGAUAGAAGAGAGACUAUAUCAAUAGCAAGGCUAAUGCACGUACACAUUAUAAAUAUAGCACUUUAAGGGGAAAGUCUGGGUGUGUCUACUGAAGUAUGAGAUUAGAGAACGACUCUUACUGCGUUUGCGAGGUGACAUGUAUAGAAAGUAUAAGUACUACAUAGUCAGAGACACGAUUGGUUCUAGAUACUGUAAUGGACAUAUGCAAUAUUACCUACAGGGCCUACAGAAUCUGUGCACUUUUGUAAUAUUUAUAUAUUUUUGAAGAACCCAUACAGUUAUGAGUUAUCUAA